UGAACGCUCGCUGGUUCUCGUGGUGACGUCACGCGAUUGGCGCAGGCGCAGUAGCAGCGAGGCCGCAGCCCCAUGAACGCGUCUAGGACCGAGCCAGUCAACAACAGAAACCGGGGAGCGCAGGAGGGAGGGGCCGCUGGCAGCCGAGAGGUAGCAGCUGUGAGGCCCCGAGUCACCGGGGAGAGGAGACCCAGCAUCAGGGGGCUGCAGAGACUGCGGCUGAUCUGGGCUUGUGCUGGGUACUGCGCACACUGCCAGCAGUAACAGGAGGCCCACACACAGCACUGACACAGGGAGGGGGGAGCCCACACAGCACUGACACAGGGGCCCUUAAUCAUAGCCCACUUAUCACUGACAUAGGGGCCCUUCAGCAGGAGCCCACUUAUCCCUGACAUAGGGGCCCUUCAUCAGGAGCCCACUCAUCACUGACAUAGGAGGGUCUCUCACAGGGACCCUUUAUUAGGAGCCCACCAUCACUCACAGGGGCCCUUCAUCAGGAACCACCCAUCACUCACAGGGGCCCUUCAUCAGGAGCCAACCAUCACUCACAGGGGCCCUUCAUCAGGAGCCCAACCAUCACUGUCAUAGGGGCCCUUCGGGAGUCCCACCCAUCACUGUCACUGAGGCCCUCCACUGAGAGCCCGCCUGUCACUGUCACAGGGGCCCUUCAUCAGGUGCCCACCCAUCACUGUCACAGGGGCCCUUCAUCAGGUGCCCACCCAUCACUGUCACAGGGUGCCCUUCAUCAGGAGCCCAACCAUCACUGUCAUAGAGGCCCUUCAUCAGGAGGCUACUUAGCACUGUCACAGGGUCCCUUCCUGAAGAGCCCAACCAUCACUGUCACUGGGGCUCUUCUACAGAGGCGCACCCAUUACUGUCAUAGGGUGGACUUACUCAGAAGCUCAGCCAUUACUGUCACGGGGGGGUUCACUUGGGAGCUCAGGUAUCACUAACAUCGAGAUCCCACCCAUCACUGUCACAGGUGGUUCCUUCUUGGAACCCACCGAUUGCAGUGACAGGAGGUCUGUCUCAGUAGCCCACCCAACCAUAUUUCGGACAUUACUUCUCACCAGCUUCCCCCACCAGGAAUACAGAGUAUACCCUUGGUACUGUGCCUCACUUAUCAUCUAACCAUAAAGUUCAUGUUUUAAACUAAUUUCUAAAUGACCUGAAACCCCAAAAAAGACCUUGGGAUUAGCAAAAUACUAUAGUGCUAAACCUUAUUUAGUGAGCAGUCAAGCAGAAAGGCUGGGGCCACAGCCCAGGAGAAUCGCACACAUCCAGGGGCCACUUCCUGUGGACCCUGUGCAGAGAGGAGCCGGGACAGGAUGGGGAGAGGUAAAAGGGACACUGACAGGAGCUGAUCCAGCCGAUGCCCCCACGAUGAACGGUAGCUUGCCCCUGGAGGGUCACUCCUCCUCUCCUUCACCAAAUUGGAAGGAGUUCUGUGAAAUUCACGCUCAUGCUGCUGCUCUUGACUUCGCCCAUCGGUUCCGGGCUUUCCUGACUGAGAAUCCGCAGUACGCCACGCCGGGAGCUGAAAGCAGCUUCUCCAGACGGUUUGCGGAGCAUUUUGUGGAGCACUUUGAAACUGAAGUGAAUAAGACGCAAAUUGCCGACGGCCCUUCUCCCACUCGCUGCAGCAUUGCUCCGUUCACAGGAGCUCAGACCUCCACCAGGGACCUAUCGGAGACCUGCAGCGACUCCUCGCUGGCCUCCCCGGUUGAGACUCAGCCCCGGCAGGACUCCUCUGGGAUCACGUCUGGUCUGUCCAGCAGCCAGUCUCAUAGCUCCGAGGAUGUCUCCACCUCUUCAGCCACAACAAAGCCACGUCUGAAGAAGCGGUUCUCCUUGCGCAACGUGAGCCGCAGCGUGCGUGGGAGCGUCCGGGGGAUCCUGCAGUGGAGGAGCUCGGCUGAGUCUCCCACGGAGGAGACGGCGGCCAACAGCAACUGCAAUUCCUCAGCCAGCAGGGCCGGAGGAGAAAGAUGGACGCACAGGUUUGAGAAGCUGCGGCUAGGCAGGCCGCCUGCUCCCAGGGCUGAGCUGCGCGACGUGAGGCGUGAGGGAGUUCUCAAUUACGUUGUGGCUGAGGAGGUCAACAGCAGCAGCCGGGCCCGAUGGCAAAAGUGCCGGCUACUCCUGCGCAAGGCUGAGAGUGAUCGCUAUCUGCUGGAGUUCUACAUUCCUCCCAAGGCCACCAAGCCACGGGUCAACAUCCUUUGUUCGUCUAUCGCUGACGUACGGACCACAACCCCCUUGGAGAUGCCAGACAAGGAAAACACUUUUGUGUUGAAGACAGAGAAUUCCUCAGAAUAUAUCCUGGAAUCAGUAGACCCCCUGCAGAUGAGGUCAUGGCUCUCAGACAUACAAGACUGCAUGAGGUCCAGCAGGGACAAGGUCGACACCUCAGACCUUCCACACGUUAACCAUUCGGAAAGUAUGCCCAGCCGGGAUCUACCUCUAAUACCCACAGAGAGCAGCGAACAGCUCUGCCAAGGAGCCUACGGAGGCCUUUCCGACCGGCCUUCGGCCUCCAUCUCGCCCAGUUCCGUUUCCAUGACACCCUCACAUUUUGACUCUAUGGAGCUCCUCCCACCAGAGCUGCCACCAAGAGCCCCCAUCGACGAGGUGGAGAGACCCCAGAACUCUAUCAGCACCUCCUUCCCUGAUACACCUGACACGACAGCUUCAUUCCUGUUUCAAGGAGAGCCAGAUCCUGGAGAUGGGGAGCACCCAUUGUCCGAAUACCAGUGGUUCCACGGCACCCUGUCUCGUCUCAAAGCCGCACAGCUUGUGUUGGCAGGAGGCACCAACAGCCAUGGCGUCUUCUUGGUGCGGCAGAGCGAGACCCGGCGAGGAGAGUACGUGCUGACAUUUAACUUCCAGGGCAAAGCCAAGCACCUCCGUCUGUCCCUGAACGAGGAUGGCCAGUGUCGGGUCCAGCACCUCUGGUUCCAGACCAUCUUUGACAUGCUAGAACACUUCCGAGUACACCCCAUCCCUCUAGAGUCUGGGGGCUCAAGCGAUGUCACCCUCAUCAGCUACGUGGUGUCUUCUCAGAGGUUGCAUGAGGCAGCCUGCAACCGUAACCCUCCCCCGCUGCCCCCCCACCCUUUGUCUCGUCACCAGAGUGCAGAGGGGAGCCUGCAGCCCCCCUGGCAUCCGCUCAGCACCUCCCCCCCAGAGGAACCCUUGGCCAGCAGACCCCCUCCGGAGCCCCCAGGCCCUCAGUACGAGGAGGGGGCACCAGCUGCCGAAGACCAGGAGGAGGCUGCCGUCCGCCUGCAGCAGCUCCAGCCGGGGGGCGCUACCUCAGAGGACACAGGCGAUGCCAACGCAGCUUUGAGGGCACGGGCCGUAAACAACCAGUAUUCCUUUGUAUGAGUGGGGGUUUUAGUGACUUAACGCACAUAUUUGGAGUAUAACCUUUCCUCAUUUUGUCCUUGCUCCUGUAUCUCCUGCUUUUUGCAUCUUGUCUUGAUAGUUACGUGAUCUCUGAAACCGACACACUAACACGCUCGGCUUGGUUACGCCAUGGCUGAGCACAGACCUAGUGUAUAGGUCAUAGGAAACACUACAGGCCAGUAUGACUGGACACACACUGCUGUCUGCACUACCCCUUCUGCUCCAGGUCCGCUGAUACACUACACUGCUUGUAGAGGCAUGUAAAGCCGUGCAGAGGUUAAAUGCACCCUACCUAUCCACUCUCCUUAUACCGGGCCAUAAUCUGUUCCUGAUUGGCCUCUUUACAUUAAAUGCCACUAAUCCCAUGAUACUCUAAUAUCCAGCUCCUCCCUGCCAUCUAAAUACUUGUCUUUGGUGUAAGCUCCAGCGGCUUGCUCUGGUAAAUUACUUAUUUACCUUGCCUGGCCAUCAGCCAUUCUAGAACACUUAUAUCCCUUCGUAUCAUCCUCCGUGGAGGUUUACGUGCAUUACAUUUGCUUUCUGGUGUUAUAACCCCCACCCCCCCCCACUCCCCCCAUAAGUGCAAAUCUGAAUAUUGUGUCAUAAAGGGGGCGCACCAAAUGCGUCAGUGACCGGCUGUAAUUGCUGGUGGCAAACGGACCACAAGUCCUGAUAUCAGUUCAGUGAAAAUAGAGAUCACGCACGGCAAUAGGAAAGUGAUUCAGAGCCACUGUGGAUGCAGCCAGUUAGUGGAAUUAUCGAUUUGCUUGGCAACAUCACCAAUGCCAAGUAAAUGGCCGUUUAAACAGGUGCAUAGCGGACGUGGGCCACUUUAAAGGUACGCGGGCUCGACCAUUUAGGUACUGAGCAAAAGAAUCUGGUGGAAGCCGUAGUGAUCUGGG